CCGUCCAUCGAAGGAAAGCAAAUCAUCAAACGCGCUGAGUCGACGAAGAUUCGCUAGGGUUUCGUCCUCCUCUCGAAGCAUCCUCCUCGCGAUCUGCCGAUUCCUCCAUCGUCGCGACGCCUCCCCACGCGUCUCUCUCUCUCUCUUCAUCCUCCGGUAAGGCUUUCAGUACCUGCGGAUUUCGAAGGAGCGACGUCCGAAAGCCCCUCUCGUUUCGUCGCGUCUAGGGUUUUCAGAUUUCCUUCCCGGUUCCGUUCGCGAUCCGUCUGAGUCGGGUUCUCCGGUGUCUGUCGUCGCCGAUUGACGUCCGAUCUGCAACUUUCAUUUCGUGUUCUCUCUCUCAUUUACUUUAGGGUUGCGACUAGGUUCCUAGACGAUCUGCUGUUGACCGGAAAGUGAUCGUGGUCGGGCUGUUGGUUAGGUUUCCUGUCGUAGGAUUGCGUGAUUUUUCUGGUUCUGAUUCGAUUGGGUUUUGAAAGGGUGAUCCGUUCGAUUGCUUCGUUCCUACUGUCGUUUUGGGGAUCGCGGGGGUUGUUUUUUUGUGUAUUGAGACGUCAGCUGUGGGUUUUUGAUAAAGGGAGUUGUGGUUGCAAACAAUAUGGCAACAGGGAAAUAUCGUGUUUCUAGGAGAUUGGAUUGUAACUCUUCCUCCAGAAGGGAUGGUCGCGACGAGAUUCGCUCUACUUGUCGCGGCGAAUUUAGCCAGUAUCGUGGCCAUGCGGAUAAGCGGAGUGAUGGGCGCAAGAUGGAGUCCAAGAAUCGAGAUAAGGAGCAUCAGCUUGUUGAGGUGCAGAGGGGUGCCAAGUUGUACCAAGAUGGUGUGCAGCAUCCCCCUGAGAAGAAGAGGAAAUUAUCCCCGAUGUUAUGGGAUGUGGAGGACAGGGAAAUCAGGAUAUCAUCCAAGAACCGAGUGGUUUCAGCCACCACUAUUUUAAGUCCUCCUAUGGCUCCAUCUACAAUGUCAUCGAAUGAUGAGUCGGGUGGCUGUGUUUUGAACUCCUCUAUCUCAUUGGAUCUGGUACAUGGAUCUGAUUUUCCUAUGGCUGAUCAAUCUAUAUCUCUCAGUGCAUCUGGAUGCAAGGCCCAGGCAUUGCAUCAGGAGCAAAGUGAGGCUGGUGAUCAAGAUGACAGUAUGGUCGAGGAUGGAGAAUUUGUUCAUGAGAGGACCAUCUCUAUGUCACGAUGGGCAUUUGAUAGUGAUUCACCGAGUCUUAUCUGUGCAUCCGAUGAUGAAGAAAUCAUACUGGAGAAUAGAGCAUUGGUCACAAAGAGGUCAAGUCCAGAGAGUGGGGAGUUUCUUCCAGGAGGCUCGGGUCAUCGAACCAGGUCUUCUGGAUCUGAUGAGAUUGGGCUGGCUGGUGGAGCGAGUGUAGGGGAAUCUGAAGAUGGUGACCAAGCUGUCGUCAUGGAUGGGGAUCGCACUUAUCUUAGCGAUGCAGACAACAACCAUGAUGACACGGAUGAUGAGAACAAUAGAGAACAUCAAGAGUUUGAAGUGUCCUCAUUGCCUGCAAGACAAAGUAUAAACAUGCUUGAUUCUUGCAGAAGUGUCUUUGAAUAUGAAAGACUGAACAAGAUUAAUGAAGGCACUUAUGGUGUUGUCUACCGUGCAAGGGAUAAGAAAACGGGGGAAAUAGUGGCUUUGAAGAAGGUGAAGAUGAACAAACAGGACUCUGAUGGUGGUUUUCCCCUAACGUCUUUGAGGGAGAUAAACAUUUUACUGUCCUUAAAUCACACUUCUGUUGUAGGUGUUAAGGAAGUCGUUAUGGAUGAUGAUAAUAGUAUAUUUAUGGUCAUGGAGUACAUGGAACACGAUCUCAAGGGGCUGAUGGAAGCAAGGAAGCGUCCUUUCAGUACAAGUGAAGUCAAAUGCCUGAUGCUUCAGCUAUUGGAGGGCGUCAAGUAUCUUCAUGAUAAUUGGAUACUUCAUCGUGAUUUGAAGACAUCGAAUCUUCUAUUUAACAACAAGGGUGAGCUAAAAAUAUGCGACUUUGGGUUGUCAAGGCAGUAUGGGAGCCCAUUGAAGCCGUAUACUCCUCUCGUUGUUACCCUGUGGUACAGAGCACCUGAACUUUUAUUGGGAGCAAAACAGUACUCGACAGCAAUUGAUAUGUGGUCAAUAGGGUGUAUUAUGGCUGAAAUGUUGGCCAAUGAACCGCUUUUCAGGGGAAAUAGUGAAGUCAAUCAGCUUGACAAGAUUUUCAGGACUCUUGGCACACCCAGUGAGAAAAUAUGGCAUGGAUUCUCUGAAUUGCCUGGUUCAAAAGCGAACUUUGUUAAACAACCGUAUAAUUUGUUGCGAAAGAAGUUUCCUGCUGCAUCUUUUACUGGAACUACUGUUCUUUCUGAAUUGGGGUUUGACUUGCUGAACAGGCUUCUGACAUAUGACCCAGAGAUGAGAAUAACAGCAGAUGAAGCCCUUGAACAUGAUUGGUUUCGUGAAGUUCCACUGCCUACUUCUAAGGAUUUCAUGCCAACAUUUCCCCCUCUGCAUACUGUUGUCAGAUGAUUGCCUGCAGCCAGAUUGGAUUUUUGGACAAAGAAUUUAACCUGCAGUUCUCCCUGGAACAAUUUGAUUUGUUUGAGAUGGAUGUCUUUCUAAACCUCCUGCUUUGAUUUCUAGGCAUCUGGAAGAUUGUCUUGCUGGAGGAAGAGUAACUGCAGGGGUGCAUAAUUGCAUUUUCUGUCCUUGGCAGGAACCUAGAAGAAUCAUUGAUGAUAGUAACAGUGGGAAACUGCUCCGGUCAAACAAUUUACUACUAUUAACAUCUUCGCACCUCCCUUGAGUUUGCAAGGUGUGCAAACUGGUUCCUGACUUUUUCUUGUCUUCUCUUUUGGUUGAACCACAACAGGUUCCAUUUUUGUAAAUAUGUGAAUGUAAAUAGUCAAAUUAAGUUGAUAAAUGAUGUUCACAUCAUGAUUUCUUGACAUUACAUCCAGUACUCAAGAGUUUACUAACAAACGAAGAGAUGCAAGCGAUACUGGGUAGUCGUGCCUAUGAGGAUCAAAUCCCUUGAGGUAUUGAAUAUGCAAUGAUCCGACAAAAGUUUUCGAUUCCUUUUGUAUAACACAUGCUUCUGUUGUUGUGAGAAGGUGGAUUGCAUCGAGUUUCUUCGCUCAGUAUUGGUCAAUUUAUCUAACAGAAGUUGAGAUGGCCGUGUAGAUUUCUUAGGGAUGAGCAGAAGCCCUGAAAGUCCUUGUUAAUUGUAAGACAAAUAAGUUAUGAGGCUUUGAUUUGAAUGAUGAUAGCGUACCUUUUUUUCCUUCUUGGUAUCAAUUGAUGGAGAGUAUCUUCUAUUUUUGAGUUGACUUCUUCCUUUGGAACCAUGCAACUUUAGAAGGAAGGGUUGAAGUACUGAGUGAUUCAAUUGAAAAUGCCUUUCCCUCUCUUUCUAGUUGAGUUGUAACAUCCCUCGUCUUGUAUUUAUCUUUUGAAUGGGGCUCUUUUGUACUUAUGCUUGUAGAAGAUCCACUGGAUGGUGGCAUUGGGAGUGCAGGGAUGCUUCAAUUUGAUGCCUCCGAAAGAGUGGAAAGAUUUUUUAUUUGGGAUGCGUUCUUGUUAUACCGUUAGUUUCUUUUUUUUGGCGUUGUUUACUAUAUCUUUUUUAUUGCUGUGAUGAAGGUUAGUCAAUUGGCCUGCAAUUGAUGGAGCAGUUUCAUCUUUGAGAGCACUGGUUGGAUGGCGUGCUUCUUUUCUCAAAUCUGCAUUUAUCAGGGGGUCUUAAGUCUUUAAUUCUUUUGGCAAUGCUUGCUUCAAUAGGUUUAUAUGUUAGCAAAUGUCAUUUCUGCUGCAAAAUUCUUUGAAUAGAUCUUUUAUUGUCCUCUGUGUAUUGUUCAACGAUGACAGAUGAAUUUCGCUAGAUCAGCCUUUCCAGAAUAACAGCCAUGCAGUAUCACCUCCAUGUGAAUAUUCCAAUUAACCUGUCUGUUCUGCUUCAUGUGAAUUUAUCACUUUAGCACCGCAUUUGCGUAUGAUGAUUCUCUUCACGUUAAGUCUUCUGGGUUGUAUUAACAGAUGCAUAUGUUUAAGAAAGGCAUCUUAUGGAGCUGGUGCAGUUGCUGUAGUGCGAGGCGAGUGCUUCAAUCUCAACUUCCUUUCAUUCUCAUUGGUCACAUUAUUUGAUAGCUAGCAAUGUUUUUUUCAUAUCAUAAACGACAGAUAACAAGGAGAGCUGUAAAUUCCAUUAUUAGUAGUUUCUCUGGUACUCUUUCCCAGACAGAGAACAAGGGGAAAUGUAAAUCACAUGUUGCCAAGCAGUGCAGAGCAGGGGGAUUGCCUAAUAUGCUUUGCUGAAUUUGGGGAGUCAGGCGUGUUGGUGUCGGAUGGUUGAGGCCGUCUGCAUGGUCUUGUAUCUAGACGGAAUGCUUGUCUAAUUUAAGUUGCACGCUCAUUGUUUUGUCCUCGGAAAAUUUCUUAGUUGAGGGUGAUAAUUGGUUGGCUGGAAAAGCUAUUACAUAUGAGUUGGAUGUUUCCGUGUAGAAGAAUCAUAGGUAGUACUUGUUGGAGAUGGCGUGAUUAGGUUGGCGCAGAUGCUUUUGAUUGAUGAUUGUGAGGGUUGUCUGUAUAACACCUCGAACUGCUACCUCUAGCCUCGUCGCAAGCUACGGUGUCGUUACUUUUAUGACCUAAGUUCUUGAGAUUUUAA